UUGUGCGUCAGUAGUGUCGGUCUGUGCCUUCAGCCGUGGCUGUGUGUCGCCUCCAGCGGAAGAAGCUCCACUGUUAUCGACAUGACGGGUGAACAGAAGGGCACGGUCCUGGUGACUGGUGGUGCCGGAUACAUCGGAUCCCACACGGUCGUAUCACUGCUCGAGGCUGGCUAUGGUGUGGUAGCGCUGGACAACUUCACCAACUCCGUCAACUCCUCCAAGAAUGAAUCGGUCGCGUUAAAGCGCGUUGAAGAGAUCACCGCCAAGAAGGUGCACUUCUACCGUUGCGAUCUGCUCGACAAGGAUGCGCUCGAGCGCAUCUUCAAGGCACACCGUAUCGAUUCGGUUAUUCACUUUGCCGCGUUGAAAGCGGUCGGUGAAUCGAUGACCAAUCCGUUGCUUUAUUACAAGAACAAUAUGAUCGGCAUGAUCAACUUGCUCGAGGUCAUGGACAGCCUCGGUAUUUACAAGAUGGUCUUCUCGAGCUCUUGCACGGUGUAUGGUGAACCGGAACGGUUACCGAUAACCGAGGAAAAUCCCACCGGCAACGUGACGAACGUCUACGGGCGCACGAAGUACUUUAUCGAGGAAAUGCUUAAAGAUGCGGUACGGGCCGAAUCGAAGUGGAACAUUAUUGCGCUGCGCUACUUUAAUCCGGUUGGUGCACACAAAUCCGGUCGCAUUGGAGAAGAUCCGACGAAGCAGUUUACCAACCUAAUGCCGUAUAUUAGCCAGGUAGCGAUCGGAAAGAAGGAUGUACUGACCAUCUUCGGGAAUGAUUAUGACACACCGGACGGUACGGGUGUGCGAGACUACGUGCAUGUCAUGGAUUUGGCAACGGGACAUGUGGCAGCAUUACAUAAACUGGACAAAGAACACCUUGGCUUAAAGAUGUACAAUCUCGGUACCGGAAAAGGAAUAUCCGUUAUGGAGCUCAUACAUACCUUCGAACGGGUGAACAAGGUCAAGAUCCCGUACGUAAUUCAGGAACGGCGAGCUGGCGAUAUAUCGUCCAUGUACGCUAAUGCAACGCUCGCCGAACGAGAGCUCGGAUGGAAAGCGGUGCACAGCGUCGAUGAGAUGUGUGAAGAUUUUUGGCGAUGGCAAACCAUGAACCCGAACGGCUACAAAACGGAGCAAGCUAAUGGUCACCAUUAACGUGUGGACGUGUGUGCUGGUGCUGCCAGUUGACAGUUUUAUCAUAUA